AUGCUUGCAUCUCACUCACAGGAUGGCUUGAUACCAGCGCUUUGGCUACGACUACUGUUGAACCUGUCCUCUAUCACUGAAGAUGCGCGCACCGAGGUCCGUAACUCUGCAACUCAGACGAUACAGAGGAUAUUCGAAAGCUACGCCGAACAGCUUUCGUCGGAAGUCUGGAUGCUGUGCCUUCGCAUAGUUCUAUUCGAUAUGAUUGAAGCCAACAUAGCUGUUCACCGGCGUUUAGAAGCGCGCACACAGGGAACCAAAGACCUCGCAGGGUGGAACGACACAACCAAAACCGUUCUUCAUACUGUCAGCGUUCUAUACACAGCUUACAUGGAUAAGCUGGAUCCAAGCCAGUUCGGCAGAGCAUGGUCGGAGCUACUUGACUACCUUCAACAGUACUUUGAAUGUAACUCGCACGCACUUGGGCUAUCAGUUUUUGAGACGGUAGCUGAAGUCUUGUCGCAUGUUGAUAAUGUAGGUGUGCUAGGCAUGCCACCGGUUUUGAAGACUGCCGAUAUUUGGAAGAGCUAUUACGAUCAUCACGAAGCAUGGAUAUCCAAACAAGCGAACAACCAAGAUGCUUUCGUAGGAUACGCGGACGCAUUCAAGCACAUAUACCGGCUUGCGGGACGAUCACUUGACGUACAGCUGCCAGCAAUGCUGGCCAAUCUCGAGGCGUGUAUCGUGGGCUCAGAUGAGGUUGCAUACUCUUCUGAUAUAGACAACAUGACCCCUCUCCAAGCUCGAGUCGUCCAAUGCCUAUCGAUGGUCGAGACAGAAAAUUCUAGCUUACCCUCAUGUUUGAUCGGCCUGCUAAGUCGGUUGAUAACACUCCCAUACACAGCAUACACAAAAGACCCGCAAAAGCGUGGUCCAACCUUCGUAGCGGUCGCAAAGGCUGCAAUGACGCUUCUUCAAAACACUACCGUGAAGCACAUAGAUCAGAAGGAGAUGUUUACGGAUGGCUCUUUCCUGUUUGCACUUCAAAGCCUGGCAAAACCAGUACACGAAAAGUACACUUGGCAGCGCGAGGGAAAGGCUCCUAUGCUGUGGCAGAAAGCGACUAAUACGGCAAUCGCCAUCCUAAAACCAGCUCUACAGAUGCUCGAAAGCUAUGGCGAGACGAACCCGUCGUUCAAAGAGACAUGGACGACUAUCGUGACCCUCUCACAUGACAUCACACGAGCUCAGUUUGCAUUACCUGACAACAUACCAUCAACGUUGGAGAAGGACGAGGCAUUCGACAUCGAAUCGUACAUCCAGCUGCGAGAUCUGAUCACCUUAUCUCUCGGUUCUCCAUCUCUUCCAGACGCCCUUCGGCGCACAUACACACGCAACCUCUUCUCCAUCUCAUUGAUUCACACCCCACUCCCAGGCGAGCUACCCGAUCUCAUCCAAGCACCACUAGACGACCUCUACAAAGUCCGCCAUGGCCAAACAGCUGAUUUAAAAACCACUUGGCGCAUGAACAUGAGCUACACCUGCCUCACCGAGCUCUUCAACCUCGUAUCCGUCCAUGAUGGCUCGGCUCCCCGCAUCAAGCUCGCACAAGCAGCUUCGCCAUAUCUCAUCCUCCGCGCAGCGCUACCACUGAGGACUUAUAUUGCGGAUCAACCUAUACGCGGUCGUAUGCCAAUGCCUGAGGCCGAGAGACGUGAAUUGCUAUUUGUGCUCAGAGAAUUGGCGAAGUUGGAAAGUGAAACCCAGGCUAUUCCUGAUGCGCCGGGGGUUAGGUCAAAGCACAAGAAGCAUUUGCACAGGCUGUAUCCGUUGCUAAACAAGGCAUCGAGAGUAGCUAGGCAGGAUUCGGAGGUAUUUGAGUGUGUAAUGAAGUUGAUGGACUUGGUUGGGGAUGAGUUUGGGCUGGAUGAUGAGUGA